AUGAUAUAUGGUGAUGUCCAUGAGACACCGAUUUGCUUUCCGAUAGUGAAGCAUUCGAACGGUGAUAAGAUUGAAGAGAGCCACGGCAAACCAAUGCAAUACGAUCGUUUCACAUGCGGUAAGCAGGAGUGUAACGUUUGUCGAUGCGACAUCUCGAGAGGAUACAAACUCUCCAGUGCAUCACCAAAUGCCGAAUGCGUUAUGAAUUGUCCGAUCACAAAACACAGCUAUAAUCGAUGCUUCAAAAUUGGCACUGCUAAAAUCUGCUAUUAUUAA